UCCGGAUAUUCCAAGAUUCACGCAACUCUGAAAAUGAAGGAACUGAACAAGACUCAAGAGUGAAGACCCGAGUUCUUGGAUGAGGCUUGGAUCCAGCAGAUGAGGCUUUUGCUUGAUUUUGAAGUUUCUCUGCAAGCAAACACUCGGGAAGUUGGAGCGAAAGGAGCAAAGGCAAGGGAGGGCUUUCGCUUUCAAAACCUUAGAACAGGGUCAAUACGAAGACGCGAACAAGCGUUGAAAGUUUCAGGAAGCUCUUUGUAUGUCAGCUGCCUAGUCAGCAGAAAAAGCUUGAAAACGUGAAGGGGAAGGGCAGUUUCCAGUGCCAUUUCGCCUGAAUGGUCUAGCUAGCGCUGAUUGAGAGCAUGUCAAGAAUGAAAGGUUCUUGACGUAGACAACUUUCGUUUGUGGCCUACAGGAAUGUUUGGAGAGACGUCUAAACAAUGGCCUAUGGGUCUGAGGAACUCAUUGUUGGGUAUGCUCUUACGGAGAAGAAAAAGAAAAGCUUCAUAAAGCCCUCACUGGUGGAACUUGCUAGGUCAAAAGGCAUCCAGCUUGUGGCAGUUAAUACCAGCAUCCCUCUCGUCCAGCAAGGUCCUUUCCAUGUCAUCCUUCACAAGAUAUCCGGCCCGGAAUGGGCUCAGCAGCUGGAGGCCUACCAGCAGGCCCACCCAGAUGUCUUGAUCAUCGAUCCGCCUGACGCGAUCAAGCAGUUGCAGAAUCGGCAGUCCAUGCUCACAAAUGUCGUCAAACUGGACCUGCUGGAUUGUGGUGCCAGCGUGGGCAUCCCCCGCCAGCUAGUUGUGACCAGCGACCCUGCGUCCGUACCGGAGCUGGUGGCGGGGGUGGGCCUCAGGCUGCCCUUAGUUGCCAAGCCUCUUGUGGCCGAUGGCACCGCCAAGUCCCACGCCAUGGCGCUGGCGUACGACGAGAGGAGCCUGGCCACGUUGGAACCCCCCCUCGUCUUGCAGGAGUUUGUCAAUCAUGGCGGGAUCUUGUUCAAGGUGUACGUCAUUGGCGACGAGGUGAACGUGGUCAAACGCCUCUCGCUCCCGGACAUGGAGGAAGGGAAGGAGGGGGAUGACAUUGGCGUGCGCUCCUUCUCACGUGUUUCCAGUGCAGCUGCUUCCCUGAAUGAAGCAGGCUUUGAGGCAGUCUCUAAGACAGCAGGAGAAGUUCCCCCGGAGCCCUUGUUGAGGAAGCUGGCCGAGCAGCUGCGUGAACGACUGGGCUUGCAUCUGUUCAACCUGGACAUGAUCCGGGAGAACGGGGCAGGGAACAAGUACUACAUUAUCGACAUAAAUUACUUCCCAGGCUAUGGGAAAAUGCCUGAGUACGAGUACGCGUUCGUCAAUUUCCUCUUGUCAUUAGCCGCCCGGCGAUCUGCAGUAGCUGCCACACGGUCAGGGUCUGAAAGUGGGGAGAAAGGAGACCGGGUGGGGUUCAGGGAAGGUGGUGCAUCGGCUGACCGAGUGUCGUCGGAUAGUCCUCAUGACGUGCACUCUGAAGCUAGCUUGCGAGGUGAAGCAACGAGCGGGUACGGUUCCUUACGGGAUCCGACACAAGAGUUGCCGCCACGGCAUGAAGGUUUCGGCACGGCUCACUCCAGGGCCCGUACAAUACCAGAGUCUGCUAGGCAUUUACCGGAUCCAGCACUGGUUGAUGGCUUGAAUGCACAGUAAUCGUUCCUUAGGGUCGUAGAUUAGGGCCCAGGUAAAGCAGGUAGAGUGCAUUGUAUUGGCUGCCAAGCUGAGAUACUGUCGGCAAUGGCUUGACACAAGGUUCAAAUGUGUGAUACCCUAUAUUAUCCCAAAGCAAAGUGGUGAUGCCAAUUAAAUUGCACGAAGAUAUUUGAUCUUGCUCAUAUCAUAGCUUCUGCAAAUACGGUGG